CAUCUUCAUCCCGCCUCAUUUCUCAAACUCAAAUAAUAUACUCUCUCUCCCAAAUCUCAUUCUCCAACCUCCCUCUUUUUUUACCCACUCUCUCUCCUCAAACAAUGGCUCGUACUAAGCAAACCGCCAGAAAAUCCACCGGAGGAAAAGCUCCAAGGAAGCAACUCGCCACCAAAGCUGCCAGGAAAUCAGCCCCGGCAACCGGAGGAGUUAAGAAGCCUCACAGAUUCAGACCUGGAACUGUUGCACUUCGUGAGAUCAGGAAGUACCAGAAGAGUACUGAGCUUCUUAUCAGGAAACUCCCAUUUCAGAGGCUUGUUAGAGAAAUAGCUCAGGAUUUCAAGACUGAUCUUCGUUUCCAGAGUUCUGCUGUUGCUGCUCUUCAAGAGGCUGCUGAGGCUUACUUGGUUGGUCUCUUUGAAGAUACUAACCUCUGCGCUAUUCAUGCUAAGAGGGUUACUAUUAUGCCUAAGGAUAUCCAGCUUGCUAGGAGGAUUCGAGGUGAAAGAGCUUAAUUUCAUGUCUAAUGGAAUUGAUUUGGUUCUUUAGGGUUAGGAUUUUGUUGUUUUAAUGGUGUAGGUUGAUGAUAAUUGAAAAUCUUUAAAUUAAUAUAGCUACUUGAUGUAUUUUGUAGUUAUUUGUAGGGUGAUGAUUAGUCAAUGAAAUUAUUGACAGUUUAAUUCUGCUAAUGAAUAUAUCCCUUUGAUA